CUCUCUCUCUCUCUCUCUCUCUCUCUCUCUCUGUGUUUGUAAUAUGGCUUCCAUUGAAGAAAAACCAUUGAAGGUGCAUGAAGAAGGAGAUGAAGAUCAUAUGAAUGAGCACGAAGAGGCCGUUUCCAGUGGUGGGUGUUGUUGCCUUGGGCUUAUGGGCUUCAGAUGGGGACAAAGCAAUGAAAGGGAGAGCAAACAUCUGCUGCAGGUCAAUAAAGGAGAACGGAAGGAGACAUGGUGGAUGAAGCAACUGAUUAAGGUUAAGCAGGGUACAGAAUUUGUGGCAGGGCCCAAGUGGAAGACUUUCUUAAGAAAGAUCAGCGCAUUUGGUAAUCACAAGAACAAGAAGAAGCACGGCAACGGGUUCCAGUAUGAUCCUCAGGCUUAUGCCCUCAACUUUGAUAAUGGUUUUGAUGAUGGGGAUCAAGAAGAUGGCUUUGUUCUUGAUUUCAGGUCCAGAUUUGCUGCUACUCCUUCAUGAAAAGCAGCACAGUGAAUCGUUAAAAAGUCGUUAAUGAUGUUGAUAAUUUUUGUUGCAUUCAUUUUGUAUUCUUUUUAAUUACCUCCUUAAUUCCGUGUUUAUUACAUUCUAUUUCAUUCAUAUCAAUCAAUCUUGCUGAUCUCUUGGUGGAAGAGAAUUUUGGUUUUCA